AGUGGCAGCAGACUCAGGAAUGUAAAACCUGCACACAUCAUUUGCAAGACACUAAAGCGAGAGCAGAAUCCAGCCGUGCGCGGCGGCGAGCGCUGCCGGGCUCCAUCGGCCAAGGCGGGAGCGGGGCUCCUCACAGCGGCGCAGCGGGAUGCGUCCCGGCCGGGAGGGACGGGCGGGCUCGGCUGCAGCUCCGCUGUACGAAGCGCAGUUUCCGCCGCACCCCGCCUGCACCUUUCCUGUACCCCCGCAGGAAGCAGCCCCGGCCGGGCCCGCGUCCCGGGCCCCGAGCGCGGCGGACUUGCCCCGGCGGCUGCCGGGCCACCGAGAGCCCGCGGCGCGCACGGCCACGCGCGGAGGGAGCCCUGCCAAGGGGAGCGGGUGCCAAACCUGAAUUACCAGCCCAGAGAGCGCCUGUGGAUCCCGGGAGCUCCUGUGAUUUGCGGCAGGUUUUUCAGGUCCCCGCCUGUCAAACACACGCAGAUACUUAAGCAGUCACCCGGGGACCUGCGGGGUUCUUGUUUUACACACUUCUGGUCCCUGCCAGCUCAAGUGCCUGUCCCCAUAGACCUGCCCCAGGAGGAGAUAGCCAUGGAAAAGCCAGUGAUUCCCACUGAGGAGCAGCUGGAGAUCCUGGAAUACCACUUCUGCAAGGUGAAUAAGCAUCCUGACCCCACCACACUGUGCCUCAUCGCUGCUGAGACUGGGCUCUCCGAAGAGCAGACUCUGAAAUGGUUCAAGCAGCGCCUGGCGGAGUGGAGGAAGUCUGAAGGGCUGCCCUCAGAAAGCGGGUCUGUAAGGGACUAGAGGAUGCUGCUCCAAUCCCCUUGCCUCUUAUAAAGGAUGGUGAAGCUCUUCAGAGUGGGUUUCCUUGGGGUUCUUCUGCUGCAAUAGGUUUUGCAAUACUAAGUAAUACUUUGCUAUUUAACAGAAAUCUUAUUUAAUAUGUACAUAACCAGAAAAAAAAUUAUAUAUAUACAUAUAUACACAUACACAUGUGUGUAUACAACUUUUGAUGGCUGAUAACCUAUCCAGGGAUUCCAACCCAUUAACAGCAGCUGCACAAGAAAAGGCAAUUUCAUGCCCUUGUCUCAGGCUUGCAGAAAUUCUGCCAUGAUGUAUGUUCAAAUAUAGAAGGAAGAAAUAAAGAUUCCUUUUCCUUAAAA